AUGCUCAUCUUAAUCUUGUGUGCAUUUUUGGGCGAUCCUGCAGUUGUUAAAGCAACGCAUUUUCGUGGAGGGAGUAUUGUGUGGAAACCGACAAUGGAAACUUCAGCCAAUACAACAAUUAACAUAACAAUCAUUCAGACCUACACCUUUCGGUAUUCAUCAGCGGUAUGUACAGCACCAAAUAUAACAGCUCAAACAUAUUUCGUUGGAGCAGGUACAUUAAGUUGUCUUGCCGGAUCAUGUGCAACAACUGGUUAUACAUCACUUUCGAUUACGGGUCAGUGUAUAGGCUAUAGUAUUCCGUUGGGGGUGACUGUUGGACAACGGUCGGAUGUGGAAACAUUGAAAAUUGGGUCCAAAUUUGUUAUUCGGUGGACCUAUUACACGUGGAUUCAAUUAGGCAUAACGCCGACUAAUGCUACUUGGCCUGGAUGGAGUCUAGUGGCGUAUAUUGAUUUAACAGUAAGACCUGACGAUUCGAAUCCAAAUGAUAUUCUUCGAUGUCGAUGGGCGAAUCUAACUGGACUAUUAGGUGCUAAUGAAUGUCAAGAUGUUUGUGCACCCGAUUCUCUCACGCUAAUUGAUCCUGUCUUAUAUGAAGACAAUUGUACUCUACUAGUUAACGGAUCCAUAAGCAACACAUACUAUGCAGUUGCUAUACAGAUCGAAGAUUUUUUUGAUCUAAAUUCAACACUACCCAUGUCUUCGGUUCCACUCCAGUUUCUCAUCUAUGUUUACGCGACACCUGCUUGCCCGUCGAGACCUGAAAUAACCGGUCUGCCUGUUAACGGAUCAUGUAUCCCAGUUCAAGUUGGUCAACCAUUUGAGACACAACUGGUUGCCGUCAUUGGUUGUAUUAAUACGACUAUCACGGAUAUAGCUCUUCUAGCAUUUUCAGGUUUAAUCAAAUCAGAUGAUGUGACUCAGUUAUCAACGAAUACAUAUUCAGUCAAUAUUUCAUGGACGCCAAGCAGCUCGCAGCUAGGCUCGCAAGUGCUAUGUGGUAUAGCUCUUGCUAGUAACAACGUUCAAUCUCCAACAUAUUGUUUUACAUUUUUCGUUGAUCUUAAUUAUACUUCAACAUGCCCUGUCUCGACAACAACAACAACAAGGGGUGCUGGUCGACGUCGUCGUCGAAAAAAGAAAGAGGAAAAGUGUCAAAAAAAAUAUUCAUUGCAUGUGGAUGAAAGUGGUGUUCAUCGGGCAGUUUCAGGACAUUGGAUGAAAAGCUAUAAAGUCUACUCGUACUCGAGUAAUAGUACAAAUACACUUAAAAGCGACGUUGACAAACAUGGAAUGAACUCAACGAAACUAACAUUCUCAAGAAUCAGUCAUUCAAAGUUAAACAAUGACAACAUAGUUUUCGGACAUGCUAAUCGACGGACAAAAUCACAGUCUUUAAAACGUGUCAGUGUUAUACGAAUAAAACGUUUAAAAUCGCGUAUAAGUUCGAUCGAUAAUAAAUCGAACAAUAUUAGUACGUUAGAUCAACAACAAGUAACAAGACCGAGGUCCAAAAGUGUGGUCAGUAAUGCCCGUGUAACGAGAGUUAAACGUUCAAAAUCAUCCCUUGAUACCAUCAAAACAUCUCCGCUUAAAUUAUACGAGACUAAUGUUGAUUUAUCAAGUAGUUUAAUAAAAAAUAUUCCAGAUCAUCAACAAUCAACAGGAAAACCAAGAUCUAAAAGUAUUUUUAGUGAAGUCAAUGUAAGUCGAGUAAAGCGUUCAAAACCAUCAGAAGAUAGAAUUACCUGCACACCAACAACAUCUCAAUUGAAGAUGGUUGAGAUUAACGCUCCGAAACGAUUAGAUGGUAGAUCACAACAGCAAUCAAGAAUGCUAAGAUCCCAAAGUAUUGGUGGUAAUGUUAGUGUCAGAGUAGUUAAACGCUCAAAACUCAAUAAACUAGACGACAAUCCAAAGUUUUCGAAUUAA